AUGUGUGAAGCGGGGCUGAUCGCACCAGAGCCCUCUGGCCUCAUGCAGUGCUGUGGUGAACCGUCUGACACCUACUACCAUGUGGACCGCUGGCAGAGGCUGCGCGCAGCUGUCAGGAAGCUGGAGUUCUGGGAAAACUUCAACGUCGAGCUGAUAGGCAGUGGCUUCUUCUCCAGGGUCUACAAGGUGACCCAGGCUGCUGCUUCUAAAGUAAUGGUGGUGAAGAUCUACAAGAAUGACGUGGAUCAAGAGGUGAUUGUACGUGAGAUCAGCCUGCUACAGAAGCUGUCCCACCCCAACAUCGUCAGGUACCUUGGGAUAUGUGUGAAGGAUGACAAGCUGUACCCAAUUCUGGAGUAUGUGAAUGGGGGUUGCCUGGAGGAGCUCCUGGCCUGCAAAGACAUUGCUUUGACUUGGAAGGAAAAAGUGGACUUAGCUUCUGACAUCACCAGAGGCAUGAUCUACCUGCACUCCAAGAACAUCUACCACCGAGAUCUCAACUCCAAGAACUGCCUUAUUCGAGUGACGCCGCGGGGCCAUGAGGCGCUGGUGACUGACUUUGGACUGGCCAGGGAGGUGGUGGAGCUGCCUGUGAAGGAUGCAGAGAGGAAGCUGUCUCUGGUGGGCUCUGCUUUCUGGAUGGCUCCUGAGAUGCUGCGGGGAGAGCCCUAUGACCGGAAGGUGGAUGUGUUUUCCUUUGGCAUUGUCCUCUGUGAAAUCCUGGGCAGGAUCCCAGCUGACCCUGAAGUGCUUCCCAGGACUCAGGAUUAUGGCUUGGAUGUUGCUGCCUUCCAGGGGAUGAUCGGCGAAUGUCCCAAGCAGGUGAUGGACCUUGCUGCUAGAUGCUGUUGGGUGGAAGCAUUUAAGAGACCAUCAUUCUCCGAAAUCCUGGAUGAGUUGGAGGAUGUCGUGGAGAGCCUGGAACCUAGGAAGGACAACCCCCUUUUGGGCUGA